CCAUUGCGGCCACACGACGAAGAGGGAGCAGCAGUUCUUAUUGAAUACACCACAAUUAACACCAUGGAAUGGAAGCGUUCCUUCACGGAGUAUAAUGGCAAAUGUUUUGAGCUUUGGAAAGACUACAUGGGUCUGUCUGAUGUAGUCCGAGAAGCCCAAGCUUCGAAUACCUCCAUCCAGUCCUCUGUGGCCGCUGGUCCACAUUCGAAAUAUGGCGUUGGCACGAGUUUGGGUUCCCUGCGCGUUAACGCACUCGCAGGUAGACGCGACUUUGAAACCAGUGUUCCAUCUGAUCGCGUUGGAUUUAUAAACAGAGGGUUCUCCACCGGACAGCCACCCGACAGCCAGCGGGAGCUCUUGACUUAUUCUGCCCUUCCGCCACAAGUUUGUUUGGGAGGAAUAACAAGUGCGCUACAGCACUGGAGGAAGAUGGCGAGUCAUCAGAAAUCCAAGCUUCCAUCUCCGGAGGUUGCAACCAUGAGGUGCAGCUUUUGUAAACAUAACGGAGAAACCGAAAUGAUCUACAAAUCUCACUGGCUGAAAAAUCUCGCUGGAGAAGUUUUGUGCCCGUAUUUGCGCAAGUACGCGUGUCCGCUGUGUGGUGCCACUGGUGCCCAUGCCCACACCAAGCGGUUCUGCCCAAAGGUUGACCCCACGUACAUUUCGGUUUACGUCCGUCCAGACGUCCAACUUGGCCGGUUUCGCCCAACUGAAUCACAGAAAUUUGUCAUCUAUCAUUGACUGUGAACUAGUUCAACACGUGUGUGCAUUUGUGUGCUUUUUGUUUGUUGUUCUCGUUUUGAACAUGCACGUGUAUGUUUUGGAGGUGUGUUCGGUUUUCAUGCUGUUUGCCAGCAUGCUGGCUGCCAGGCCCCGCUUGGAAACUUUCAAACAUUUUAAAAUGUGUUCAGCAUGGUUUGAGGAAGAAAACGCGUAAGCACGUUCCCCCUUUUCACUUUUAGCUAAUAACUCUGUGUGUGAAAAAUCUUAUUAUUAAGCAUGUUCUUUUCAGUAUUAUGCAUGUAACCUUGAAAAAUUAACACGCUCUGUUGAGAUAGUGUUUUGUGUGCAUUAAAAUAAAAAAAUGGUGUGUUGUAAAAGUUACACUUUUAGUGUUUGAUCUUUUGGUUCU